AUGGAGUAAAAAGAAGAGACCAUAAUUCCUUCUGAAUAGAUUGAAUAGAAUAGAAGAAAGAAUAUUAAGAAGUUGAAUUUAGUUUUUUGGGUUAGUGUAAUUUUGUGUAUUUCGUAUAUCAUUUAAGAUAUAUUUACUAGAGAUGAUUUCUUUGAUAAAUCAAAUGAAGUAACACUUCAUGUUAUGCAAAAUACUGGAAGCGGCUAUGAAUGGUUUAAUAGAAAGAUAUCAACAUUAUCUAUGAUUUUAGAUGCUCUUAUGAUAGCAUAUGUCUUUUGGAUUACGCCUAGAUAAAUAGACGGAUUAUAUUUAUUGUCAAUAACUGUUCUUUCUCUUUUCUAAAUGACAUUUUUAAAAAGUCUUUACUAAGACCCAAGACCAUAUUUUGUAAAUCUAGACAUAAAAACUGAUGAAUGUGGCCCUGAGUUUGGUAAUCCUUCCGGACAUGGUGUAAAUAAUUUAGUCAUGGUUUAUGUGUCGCACUAUAUUGCUGAUAAUGAUUGCUUUAAAAUGUUAAUAAAAGGUGAGAAUGGAAAAUACAAGCUUCACUAAAGAAGAUUUUGGGUUAACUUAAUAGGAUUAGUUUUAUGCAUUUUAAUUGGCUGGGCUAGAGUGUGCUUAGGUAUGCAUUCACUAAAUUAAGUUCUACUAGGCUGGGUUUUGGGAAUACUUUGGAUUUUGGCUUAUAUUUGUGUAUUUUAUAAGAGAUUCAGGUACUUUUCUGCUAGAAUAAUUGAAGAUGAUGGCUUCAGUAAUAAGAAAAAAUAUUUUCUUGCUGUAUUGGUAUUAGCUUAUUGCUUUAUAGUAGGAAUGUGCAUUCUGGUUUAUGAGUUGAGUAAAAGUUACUUUGAAAUACCAUAAUUAUGGAUUGAAGGAAUUGUAUAGACUUGUAAUAAGCCCUUUGACUCAGAUAUGCUUCAUGUUUCUUUAUAUCACAAAACAUUCUCUGAUAUGGGAGUAUUUGGAUUAGUGUUUGGAAUCUUUAUAGGAUUCAUUUUCAUGAGAGGAAAUUACAACGAAAAAAAAUUAUUAGAAAAUUAUAAAAAGAUGUCUAAAAAAAUAAUCUUAUUGAGAGUAAUAUCUGAUAUUAUUUUAUUAGCUUUGUCAUUUGGUGUACCUUGGCUUGUCAUUUAAUUUACUCCUAAAAGUUAAGUUUAUCUAAGAUUUUUUAUAGCCUAUAAUUUAGCAACUUUUUUAGCAGGGUUUAGUUUAGUCAUUUUUAGAGCUUAGUUAUUCAAAAUGUUUAAAUGCAAUGUUGAAGGAGAUUUAAACUAUAAAAUUCCAAAUAGUAAUACUAAGCUAGUUAUUUUAGUUGAAGAUUUUAGUUAAGAAUAAUCUUCAAACACAAAUGAAAAUUCUUAUAAGUGCAAUCCUAUUGAUGAUUAAUAAAAACCAACUCAAAAUGAAAUUGUACAAAAUAAAUCAGGAUAAUAAUCUUAAUAAGUCUUAUAAGUUCAAAAUUAAAUUUAAGUAAUACCGUAACAAUAGCAAAAUUUAGAGCUUCUAAAUUUGAAAGAUAAAUAAUGA